AAAGUUCAUUCUGAGCAACAGACUGUGUUGCAAUAGUAUUAUCUCCAGAGUCACUGCGGUUGCCAGUGGUUCACUACUCCCCCCGUGUCCCAGCACACUAUGGAUCUCUGGCAGAGUCUCCUCACCUGCUUGUACUGGGCUACUACAUGGUUGCUUAUUGGAUUGUUAGGUGUUGUCUUGGCUUAUCUCUGCUACAUUCACUACAUCCACCUGAAGUUUGAUCACAUACCAGGUCCUCCCAGAGACAGGUACGGCACUUUACAAACUGGCUUUCUCUUUGGACAUGGUUCCUCACUUCAAAGAUCAAUGGAAGAUUACAAACUGAUCCAUGACAAAUUCCUGGAAUGGAGUGAGAAAUACGGACCGGUAGUUCGGCUGUAUGUUUUGCACCGUGUGUCAAUUAUUGUCACACACCCUGAGGCAAUAAAGGUAGGGAAUAACCUUUAUUUACUCGCAGACUGAUUAGACUAGUGAUGA